GGAAAGGGUAAAUCAGAAAGAAAAAGUCACCUUCUCAAUUCGUCUAAUGACUUUGACGUUGACGUCUUUUUAUACAUGGUAGGACGGAGGAUGAUUGUUCUUUAAAAACAAGAUCAUUGUUAAAAGCUUAAAACCCACAUCGACAAUGUAAUUGAACAAAAGUAGAAAGAAUAGAAUAUUCUGCGAGAAAUCUUUGUUUUUUUAAAGAACAGUUUUUAUUCAGUUUUUAAUCCUGAAAAACAAGAUACAUCUGAAAGAAAUAUUUUUAAACUCAAGAUAAGAAAAAGCAAAUACUAUUGUUUUAUAGACGGCACUAUGGUAACUCGUAUGAUGUCCGCUUCUAGUUCAACCCAUUAACAGCUGGAAAUCAAACGUUAAUGUUACUGUAUUUUAUAUCAUACAUUCAACAGAAGAUCUUAAAGUUUCAGUAGCUGUACGGGGCACUAGUGUGUUGAGUGGACACUCAAUUAAAGGAGCUUGAAGAAUUAUUUUAAGAUUUAAUUCAUAUUUUUACUGUAAUAACGAAUCAAACAAACAGUUUAGAAAUCUGAUAUUUUACGACAAAAAUGGAUGAAGAUAGAAAACAGGAAGCUGAAUUUGUUCACAAAUACGUUGGGAAUUAUCUCAAAGAGUUCCAGUGGACAGUGGGCCAAAGUUCAAGCCCGUUUCUUUGGGAACAGUUAGCGUUUGUGUUUUUUGGAGACACGCAGCCCAUGUUUACCACCGAACAGAAGGAAAGUAUUGAAAAUGUGACCAGCACAUGUUUGAAGCUACUAGAGAAAACCAACGACAGGCUGUGUAUCUCUAUUGUGUUUAAAUACAUUGAAAUAGAAUCCACGGACGCUGGUGUUUUGAUUCCGCUUGUCAGGUUUAAAAAAGAACACGAUGACAAUUUUCAUUUUAUCGACUACACAGGAAAGGUGUACAGCACAUGGGAGGAGUUUGUCAGUCAGAACAGCACUGGCAGCAAGCAUAUGUGUGUUCCUGCUAAUGGUGUCUACAACACUAAUGACGACCUGAGGUUUCUUAAAAUAGAGCUGAAAGAUAAUUACAAGAAGUAUAAAUUUCAGUACAUAUCUGAUGGAAAUAACCAGGAUUUCCGAGACUCGGAUAUAGUGAAGAUGAUUAAAGAUGAUUUACAAACCAUCUCGGAGACUUGUAAUUCCGACGGCUCCAGGCUAUUCCAAGAGAAAAUUAGAAUAUUGUUUUGUAGACAUGCAGUAGACUCCGAAGUCGUCGAAGAGAUAUUUGCUUCAAUAAGAGAAAAAUUUCCAGCAGAAAUGUUGAAUGUCCUGCUAGAGGGAUUUAAAGAAGUGACUGGAGAACCUCGCGAAGUUCUCGGGAAAGCUUUCUUUAUGAAGGACUCAAUUCAUAUUUUAAAAUACAGUCAGCAGUUCAGAACAGUGACGCUCAAUGGGACAGAACUCACCAUGAUAUGCGGACUCAAUCUUCACUCAAAAGCUUUUGUACAGCUAACAGAAGACCAGAAGAAGUUGAUUCUCCAUCAGGCAGAUUUAAGGGAAGAGAAGUCAUUUAAAGGUUUGCUAAAAGCUUAUCGUUUUACAUUAAAUGCUGAGCUGGAACAUGCAAAAGAAUGCAUUAAAAAGGCGCUAGACGUUAAUGAUUUUAACAACUUUAUGUUGAAUAAUAGACGUGUUUGGGGAGAAUUAAAAACCUUCCAAAUAAUAAGACUUCAUGAACUGUUCACAAAACAUAAACGUGAAGAUAGAAAUAAAAUAUAUCUUCAACUUGGAAAAAUAUUUGCAGAGAACUUAAACUGCAAAUCUUUUGACGGAUUUUGUGCAGCAUUUGAAUAUGCUGCCCAGCUGUUGCAUGAAAUACACUGUGAAUUGAGAGACAAAUAUAGAAUAGAAACGAGAGGUAUGCACAAUGUUAAGAAGAAGAGCCCAGCACAGCUCGAUCAAGAGGCGUCUCAGUAUAUCCAAGCAAAUAUAGAUCGACACUGUCGUGACUUCAAACAAUUGAUUUCAGAUUGUAAAAGAUACAAGAACGACAGUCUAAACUUUGGUUGCUCGAAGCUGGCUGCUUAUCAUUUUAGAAAACACGCUAAACAUUAUACAUCCACUGAGGAAUCGGAAAGAGAGCUGAAACAAUAUUUUGAAAUAGCCAGAGAGGUUUUGUCGACCAAAGAUUUGGAGUUUACCUGGUCCCAGGAUGGUACAGUCAAGCGGUAUGAAUAUCGCGAUGAGAAAUUUCACGCCAUUCGUAUAGACAAGGAUGAUGGAACUCGCUUGAUAGCGACAUUAAUCAUGAAAUUGUAAUAAAUAUUGUUGUAUGCCCAUCGUAACAGAUCAUGUCACUGUCAACCUGUUUGUGACUUGAGUGACAAGUGAACCUCGUAACACUUGACAAGAUUUCGAAUCUGUCGGAGGGAUCAAGUAAUUUUGGUAUCUAGAGUUUGCAUUACAAGGAAAACAACUGCAUAAAAAGCUUUGUUUUGCAGGCAACAUAUUUUUAAUCGAUUUUGUAUAGAUAUUCAAUUUUCUUAUUACAUAUAUUUUAAUUUAAAAUUUUGUGGGAGCGACUAUAAAGUGGCGUCUGAAUGCAAACAUACUUUUAAGAAAAAUGCCCUGACAAUUUUGAUUUAUUAAAUGUACAUCAAUAAUAAGUAGCGUUACUUUCACUUCUAGUUGUAGAGUUAAUGUAUGGCAUACAUUAUUUUAUGUUUGUUUUUCUUUUAACCCUUUAUUUACGGAAUUAGGUUCUGAAUGAAUUUUUUUUC